UAGUAAGCAUGGGAGAGAGCGAAAUUCCGAAGAAGGAUGUGAAGGUUGAGGUUAAGACACCGUUUGUUACUGAAUCCCAGAUUGAGACUGCUAUGCUCUCUCGCAUCCCUCGCUUCAAGGAACAAGUCGAUUCUUUGACGUUUGAGGGGGUCCGAAGAUUGCUUGAGAAAGACUUGGGGUUGGAGACAUAUGCUUUGGACGUCCAUAAGAGAUUCAUCAAACAAUCUUUGGUGAAGCUUGUUCAAAUUGCAGAAUCUUCAUCAGCACAGAAAAGGAAGAAGGGGAUGGACGAUAUUCCAGACCCCUCUGGCGUUGGCUACAACGAUCAUAGGAAUAUCAUUGAGCCCAAAUAUCUGGAUUCUCAAUUUUUCACUGCUGAAGGGUUUGUUAUUUGUGAUUUACUAGAGGCAGUAAGUUUGAAUAAAUUGGCUGAAUUAAACAAUGACUUCUGUGAUAAUAUGGUGAGAGUAUUUUACAAGAACUUGACUUUUAGAGAGGAUAUUCUAGUUUCUGAGGUUAAGGGGAAAACCAUUCGAAUUAAGAUCAAUGAUUGGAGAGGUCUGAUUGGCUGUCCAUAUGCUGGACGUAAGUUUAAUGGGGCUAACUAUAAGGAUUUUGAGGACUAUCAUAGGGACACUUAUGUGAGGACCUUGCUUAAGCCUAAUGUUACAAGGUUGCCUAAGUCUAAGUUCAAUGCCAGACUUCUUACUUUAUCUAAUAGAAUUUUGCACUAUGUAAUUACUAAGAUGAUUGUUCCAAGGGCAAGAAAUUUCUCUAUUGUAUUCGAUAGCGAUGUGUUUGCGAUGUGGGCCAUUCAUGAGAAGGCAAAUGCUAAUUGGCCAUUUUACAUAUGCUCAGUGAUGUUAAAGGCUGCUAAGAGUGAGACUUGUGCACUUCCUUUUGCUAUGCUAGUUAAUCAUAUUUUGAUGAAAUAUGGAGUGGACUUGAAGAAUGAGAAUUUGGUGAAGGUUAAGAAAAAUCAUCUGUUUGGAAAGAAUCUGCUUGCUCAAAUGGGUAUCAAGGAAAUUAAUGGUGUGUGGACUAGAGUUGAAGAUGAGGAAAAGCCUGCACCAAUGGAGGAAGACCAGCUACAUGAUAUAUCUGACGCAGAUGAUCCUGCUGUUUUUGCUGAUCCUCUACAUGCUGCUCCUCCUCAGGACUAUUAUUAUGCGUUGGGUAACAUUAUGGAUUCUCUCAGUCGUGUGCAUGCCACAUUGAAGUCCAGCUUCUCCUAUAUGGGUAGUGAGCUUAGGAGUAUUCGGUCGCGAGUGGAUAGCAUGGAGACUCAGUUUGCUGCACGUCUGCAGAGGCUUGAGGAUUGUUAUUCGAGGUAUGCAUAGUCUAGGACUAUAUACACAUAUAUGUGUAUAUAUAUUUAUCUUUGUAUUAUGACUUGUGAGGCGUUUGGCUUUGCUCCUAUUAUGACUCGUGGUUGUAUAUGUUUUGCUCUGAUAGUAUGAAUUAUUGUGAC